GUCAAUCAUCGACAAGGCGAAGAAGCGGGCUCUAGGGGCCUUGUCAAUAUAUACGGCUCUCCUGGCGAAACUCGUUCGAACGGCUCUGUCUAACCACUUCGCAAAGCAACUGUGGAAUCGGACCGACGGAACCAAACAGCAGCCGCUGAAUGUACCAGGAAUCCAGCUUGAGCUCCAGCAGCCAGUCGACAUCAAUCUAAGAACACCUGCGAUCCUGUCGGGAGUUCCAAGACCGGCAAAUAUAAAUGCAAAUAUUGAAUCAAUACUUCAUCAAAUGUUAUAUUGCAGAUGCCAUGUUCAAAUCCAGCCCAGCAACCCAAGAGUCGCACCAACUAACUAUUAGCUACAUCUGGUCAUCAAUUAUUGAACAAAACGACCGACUCAAAACAUCACCCGGAUAUGAUUAAACAGAUGGUCUUGAGCAGCAGCGAGCUAUGUUCCUGAGGUGCCAAUGUCGGGCCCUUUGGUUCGAAUGCCCCCCCGUCCUACCACCCCCGGUUGUCUCUGUGCCACCCAUGUAACUAACCAAUAAACUAGCCAACGACGAACCGAGUAGGCUGUAGAACUUAACCAUUCUCUUCAUGCUUCUGCUUCGCUUGGAAAGAUGUUCUUUAUAUUGCAGCGUCUCGCAUCGUCCCAUAUGCGGCCUCUCAUCACGUGGAGUUGGCUUGUUCCGGCUGUUCAAAUAACUAACAGCAAACGUCGCCAGCUGCAAAGAGCCAGACAAAAGGGAUAACUCGAUAAUAAACCUGACUGGCGAGUUGCUUGUCUGACUAGCUGCUGCUAAUACCUGUGUAAUGACCGCAUCAGAGACGGAAGUGACAGGCAACAGAGGCCAGGCCCCCUUUUUCUCCUGCCUCAAAAAGUCGAGCUGUCAGCAAGCGACAGCUUCAUCCUGUCCCUAACCGCUUAUAGCUUCCCCUGGACCACAUAGCAGCCUACGGAGUUUUCCCUAACACUCCAUCAAAUGGCCUCCAUCCUUGACUCGACAGUUCACCAGAGACAAUGCAGACUUCCCCCGAGACCGGCGGGGAGGAGUCGGAGGACAGAGCAGAGAACGUAUCUCCAUGAUGACAUCAUGUAUCUCAUCGCCGACCAUCUUUACCCGGUGGACCUCCUCAGCUACAUACGUGCGAUUCCUUCGAUAGCCCAUCUCCUGACGAAGAAGCAAAUCAGCCGCCGGGACCGUGAUGGCUCUUCUCUGCUACACCUUGUUGUGUCAGAGCGAGACAUCCAGAUUGCAAGCAUAAUUGUUACAGACUCCGUUGAUCCGAAUGUGCUGGACGGAGACAAGGCCACUGCGUUCAGCCUAGCCGUCAAUCUGGGGUACGAAGACAUGGUCAAGCUGUUCCUCGGGUGCAAGCAGCUCGAUGUUAACGCCGUAGAUAACCAAGGCUUCACAGCGUUAAUGGUUGCCGUGCAUAAGGGGUAUACCGGUAUAGUCGACCUUCUCUUGCAGAGAGAAGAUAUAGAUUUCAACAUACGGAGCGAGAAGGGAGACACUGCACUUGUGAUUGCGAUAGGAAAAGACAACAGCAGCAUAGCCGGGGCUCUUCUUACUAGGGAAGACCUUGACGCCAGCUUCCCCGGCCACCGGGCUGCUUUUCGUGCAAUAUACCAUCCCGAUGCAUCUCGUUUGAGGCUGCUACUUGAUCGCAAGGAGAUUGAUAUCAACUGCACGACUGAAACUGGCAGGACAAUGCUCAUGCAGGCAGUGGAAUUCGGACACUUCGAAGUAGUCAAAUUGCUUCUAGAGCGAGAGGAUCUCGACGUCAAUGCCGCAGACAACGCCUGGGACACGGCUUUGAUCAUUGCAUCGUUUCGUGGGUUCAAUCGCAUAGCUUCCUUGCUGAUGGAACGAAAAGAGCUUGAUAUGAAUUUCCAAGUCCAUGAUGGCACAGCUCUCAUGCACGCUGCACGAACGGGAUUUGGUGACCUCGUCUACGUACUGCUGAACCGGCCAGAUGCUGACAUCAACUUACAAGAUCACCGUGGCCGAACGGCUCUCAUGUUCGCAGCGCGUGACGACAUGGGCUAUACAACAUCUGACAAUGCCGCGGAAGUGCUACUAGCCCGGGAGGACAUUAACGUCAAUAUAAGAGACAGUCGAGGCAGGACGGCUCUCAUGCUCGCGGUGGAAGCCGGCCAGAGACGUAACGUCGAUUGCUUACUGCGGAGGGCCGACAUAGACGUUGACAUACAGGAUGCGAACGGAGCUACGGCCUUGACUUACGCUACUAACGGGGAACACGAAAUUAUCCGAGAAAUGAUCCAGAAUUAUGUUCAUGUUAAGCAAACCAUGGGACUCUUGACGGCAGAAGGGAGUAGCAACCUUAUUUGUAGCUGAAGUUGCGGGAGGUUUGAGCAUUCUGCAUACCCGUUGGUGCGUGAAACUGUUGUCUGAUCGAUAUCUUCGGAGUGCAUAUCGAGAUGAGUACCUAGGUAAGAAUCAAACUCUUCAAGGAACAGUGUCUCCUCUGGUCCAGCUUAUUCUCAAAGUCUCCAAUUGGGCGUUUCACAAUGGGUUCCCGAUUUCCGAUAUCCACUACAAACCACGUUUGUUCUAUUAAGGACCGGAUUCCACAUUAGCCGCAUGUAAACAACCAGUCCUCUGUACGCCGUUUGGUCGAAUGGGGCUUCAAGGAAUGGAAAACCGUUUAUCGUGUACCGGAUAUCAAGGAUGGCGGUUAAAACGCCCGAUGCCAGUCACCGCUUCAACGGGAGAGCUAUCUGUCAAGGAGAGGUUAAGCUAAAAAGACUACGGUUCGGAGAGUCAAUGCCUAAGGGCCGUCUUUGUUUGAUAUCUGAAUCAGCACAUAUCGUCAAAUAAUAAUUGGAGUCAGGAAGUUUAUCGGGAGUAUGGAAUGCAAAGGGAUCUACUGUGACACAAUUCUCCAUGCAGAGGGGCAGCGUUGGACGGUAUAACUACAUUUACGGACACUCUGUCCACCUAUCCCAGCAGUUGACUUACGACCUAACCGUCUCUCAAUGGAGUGCUAGAUAGUAGGUCGUAGCAAUUUUCUUUAAGACCGGCGUACAGCCCUGGCAACAUCAAGGAGCUAUGUAUGUAGAGUACACGGUUAGCGCUGCCUGGGCGAAAACAAAGGCAGCAAUAUCCGCGCCAAGUACCACCAUGCAUGGCAUUUCCCCCGUCUCUCCAGGAUAUCGAGGAAGACAGUCCAGAGUCACGGCGAUCCGUAACCCCGGUCUUAUCCAUGCGUCAAAUCAUAUGAAAGACGGACAACCAUGACCUUAAUUGGCAUGGAGUGUGAAGACUCACGCCCAAUCUGGCCUGCUUUCGGAAGACUCCCCGAGUAUCAGACUUAAUCGGAAAACGCUACAGUAAUGCCUAUGGUAGUUGAAAUAUUUAGAAUAG